AAACACAAUAACUGAAAACGUAACCCCAGGAUCUGAUAGGAAAUUGUAUCUGUUUUUCUUGUCUAUUUGUGUAACUAAAAAAAUAUUGUACAUUCGUAAUAUCCUGACGAUACAGUAUUCGUCAUUUUGCUAUCAUUCGUGUCGGCCAAAAUAGAAACAAGGCUAGUAAAUGCUCUUCUCUCAAUAAUUAAAAAUAUAAAAAGAGCCGUCCUGUUUAUAAGAGAAAAAAGUUAAUUUAACUAUUAAUUAAAUUUAUUUGUUUAAAAAAGCAAUUAUGCAUUAAAAAUAAAGAGCAAUUUACUUCAUAGUGAUAAAAAGGGAAAUAUUUCCUAAGUAAAUUAAAUAAAACGUCAGAAGAAAAGUUUUUUUUUGGAAAAAAAAUUACAGGAAAAUUUUGUGAUUUGUUGUGUUUUCAAGUGAUAAAAAUCGUGUGUAUAAAUUAAAACAAUUAAAAUUUUUGUGUACAUUUAAGAAAUACAAUUUUAAUGUUAAAUGUUUAAUUUUAAAAGCUUUUGCUUGUUAUUAAUGAAUUAAGGCGUCGAAUAACGGGAAAAUUUUUGUGUAAAUAAUGUCUAAAGUUUUAUUGCCACAAAAGGCACAACUAAAACAACAACAACAACAAAAGCAGAAAAAUUCUACAACUACAAAACCCAAAAUAAUGAUGGCUUCAUCAACACAAAUAAAACUUUCCAAAGAAAAACAAAAUCUGCAAAAUUUUACCACACCCAAACAAACCAACAGCGAAAAGUUUCCACAGCCGGCCUCGCCGACGGCCACUAUUGACUUUGAUGAUUUCACCUCCAGCAGCAGUAUUAUGGAAUUUCUUAAACAAGAACAGAAAUGUGGAGGCCCAGGCGAGUUAAGCAAUGGCCACGACAGUGAUAUUGAUGCUGAAAGUAUUUUUCAAGAAGUUUCUCGUUUGGCGGACAACUCUGAUACACGUAGUGUUGAUGAAUUGUUGCGUGAGGCGGAAAUGCUGCUGCAGCAUCAUCAUUUUAUGGAUAAUUUUGCACAAAAUUCCAAAAAGAAAAACUCUAAACCGGCACAGGCCUUAAAGACCCAAACGCAGUCAACCAUACAAAUGAAUUCGAAAUAUACCAAGAGUAUUGAGAAUGUUAAGCCUCCUAAUAUGAUAAACAAAUUAAUGAAUGGCUAUGUAGCUCCCUUAAACCAAAAAGAGAUCUCUAAGACAGUAUACACCCCCGAAACUCCCACCCCUACAAAUACCUUAUCAACUGGCAGUAAUAAUAAUACUUUUAAUGCUUUUGUUGAUAAUUUACCCUCGGAAUCGGUUUUGUCGGAAGAAAGUGUGCCUCUGGAGUUGCAAGCCAAUACUACGGCCUCGGCGAAAUCUUCGUCGUCCAGUAAUAACACCACCGGCAAGGAUAUUACCACUAAACAAAUGGAUGGUGAUGAUACUGAUGAUGGCACUGAUACGAUUGAAGAGAUUACCGAGGCAAUGGAAACCAUAGAGUUAAUUGUGCAUGAUAACGAUGAAGAAGAUGAUGACGAUGUGGUCGAUGGUGUUCAUAAUGAUGAUGAUGAUGAUUAUAAUAAAGUUGCGAGAAAUGAAAUCUUAACAUUGGCAUUAGCUACUAAUGAUUCAAUUAAUUUGUCAAAUUCCACAUACUCAUCGUUGUCAUCAAUAAUCUCAGCACGUACGAAUUUAGUGCAACAUCAACAACAUGACUAUGGACUUGGUAGACGUCCCAGUUGUGAUGUUGCUAUGACAAAUAACAGCAAUAAUACCUCAAUAUUGAAGCAACAACAGCAACAACCGCUACAAAUCGCACAAAAUCAAACUGUCUCAUCACCCAAUCUUUUGGCAAGUCCACUUUUACGUUUGGCAAACAAUGCACCACCCGAACGCUGUAAUUCCGGUAGUUAUCUUGGGCGCCGAUCAUCGAUGACUACACCCGAUAGUGGUGUUAGCAGCCAAACCUAUAUGAUCACUACUACUACCGCCAGCACCAUAACCCCCACUCAUAGCGCUGUCACACCACAACCAACCUCACCUCCAACAGUUAAAUCAAUUGGCAUUGGUACGACAACACGUACGUACUGUGACAAAUCAGUCAAUUCUUCGCCCAUACAUGUUGUCUCCACACUCACGUCCCCCAUUGAUACACACAAUUCCAUGAUAUCCAUAACACGCGAACAUGCUCUUAAGCAGGAAAUCGAACAAUUGCAAGAGCGUCUUAAAGAUACAGAAGAACGUUUAGAAUCAUUUCGUAUACAACAUGAUACGGUCUCGCAAUUGCAUCGUAAACUAAGAGAGAGUAAUACUCAGCUGCAGGAGGAAUCGGAGAUGUUAAAGCUAGAUGUCCAACAUCUCAAUGAAUGUGCAAAUGUUUUAAGAACCGAACUGCAGGCAGCACGUCAUGAUCGUGAUGAGGCUUUGGAUUUGCAGAUGGUUUUGCAAAAUGAAUUAGAAGAAACAAGAGCUGAAAAGAAACGAGCUCAAGAGCAAAAGGAGCGUGAUGCUAAAACUAUACAAGACUUGCAGAGGCAAUGUAGGGAAAUGGAAAGGAUAUUAAUGCGCAAACAUCCAGAUUCGGUGUCAGCUUUAAUAGUGGCUUCCAAAGCCGGGGGUGGUUCGCACAAUGAUCAAGAGAAUCAUGGAAGUCGUAAGUUAUUGGAACAGCGCAUAGCUCAAUUAGAAUCAGAUGCCAAAGAACAAGACUUAAAAGCUCAACAAAUACUUGCCAAUGUACAAGCACGUUUUAAUUCGGUACAAGCUAAAUAUGAGACACAUAUAGCCGAUUUAGAAACACAAGUUUUAAGUCUCCAGGAAAUUAAUACCAAACUUAAUGAAAAAAUUGAGUCACAAGUACGCACUUUGGAUUAUUUCGUUUCUAAAAAAGCUGAACGGUACUACAACAAUUGCACACAAACCGAAGAACCCUAUAUAAUCCCUAUACCAGUUCCUGCUCCCGCCCCAGCUCCCUUAGUUCUAGCCGCAGAACCGAAACAUUCACGCACCCACAAUCGUAAAACGAUUAGUACACAAACUAUUUCGGCUACUCGAGAAAGUGGUACCAAUACUAUUGGAACUUCUAGUCAACAUUCGGCCAGUUCCAGUACUAGUAGUACUGCCAACUCGACACCGAACAAUUCACGACCAAAUUCAAAACAGAGUGGUAUACGUAAACCCAUGGCUACGGCCAGUUCUUUGACCUCUGCUGUAGCUUCUAAAUUACCAAUUUCACAAUCAGAUUCUACUAUUUCCUUAUCGGCAGCACAGGCUGCUGCCAGCGCUAAAGAAGAUGCUCAUCUCUUGGCUACUAUACGUGGUAUGCGUGUAGAUUUGGCUAUUAAGAAUAAAGCUUUACAGCGUUUGACACGUGAGCUGGAUGAGUGUAAAAAGACAAUAAGAAAGAUACAAAAGGAAAAAGAAGCUUUCAAAUAUGAAAGAAGUCACAGCACUGCCGCAUCUAGCAGCUCUUCUAAAUAUAAUGUAGAACAUAUGCCGGCUAGCACAGAAUCUCAAGCUCUGAAGGAGGCUCAAAAUAAAUACAAACUAUUAGAAGCCGAUUACAAGUCAUUGCAUGAAAAACGUUUACAAGAUUUAAAAACCCUACAGACUGCCCAUGAACGUGAACUCGCUACAUGUCACGAAACCGUACGCAUUUUACAGCAGCGUCUCAACGAACGUGAUGAACAGUUUGCUUUGCAAAAACGUCGUAAAGUACCCGUUGAUUAUUACGCCUUAAAAGCGAAGGUUUCUUCACUGGAAAGACGCCACACAGAACGUGAAGAACGUUUGCACAUGCUGGUCGAGGCUCUCAGUAAAGGACGUCUUAAUGGUGCUUUAGAUGAUCUGCUGGCCGAUAAUAAUAAUCAAUGAGAUUCAUUGGAAAAUCAAAAAUUAACACAACGUUGAUGAAUAAUAUAAAUUUAUUUUGCAUAUGAUAUGAAAACCUUUAUUUGUAUGGAUUACAAAAUUGUAUAUCUAUGAUUAUGAUGAUAAAAUAAAAAUUAUUAAGCUGGGUUUUUGCUAGCAAUGUUAUUAAAAAAUUGGAAAUUGCUGACCAAUUAAAGCUGAAAAAAAGUUAAAGUUUUAUUCAAAAUUAAAAUUGUUACA